AGCGAGCGUUGCGCGGAGGCCGGGAAGCAGCGCUGCGGGGCGGUUGCGCCUGUCUCGGCCGCGGGCUAGGAGCAGCUCGUGCGCGGCCGCUGCACGCGGCGCCCGGCCCGGCCCCAACGGUCGCCGCCGCCGCCGCCCUCCUGCCGCCAUGAGGCACCUCCCCUACUUCUGCCGCGGCGAGGUGGUGAAGGGCUUCGGCAGGGGGUCCAAGGAGCUGGGCAUCCCCACCGCUAACUUUUCUGAGCAAGUAGUCGAAAGCUUUCCAUCUGAUAUCUCUACUGGUAUAUACUAUGGAUGGGCCUGUGUUGGAAACGGAGAUGUGCAUAAAAUGGUUUUGAGCAUAGGAUGGAAUCCUUUCUAUAAGAAUAUUAAGAAAUCAGUGGAAACGCACAUAAUCCACACUUUCAAAGAAGACUUUUAUGGAGAAAUUCUUAGUAUAGUCAUUACAGGAUAUAUUCGACCAGAAAAAAACUUUGAUUCUCUAGAGGCACUCAUUUCAGCAAUUCAGGAAGACAUUGAAGAAGCAAAAAGACAACUAGACUUACCGGAGCAUCUUAAACUCAAAGAAGACAACUUCUUUCAUCUGCCAGAAGGCAAAAUAGUAAACAACCACUAAGCAAAGCUCUUCCUCAUCAAUUUUUUUUCUCAUGGAGCUCUCUUCUUUGCACUGCUUUUGUAGGUACUUAAUUGUCACGUAUCUGUUUAGGUGAUUGAGAUUGGAACCGAACACUGUAAAACCAUACAAGAUGAUCUAAGUUUGUUUGUGUUAACUGAUCAUUAAACCUGUCAUGCAAAAGGA